ACGAGCCGGCGUGACUUUCACAGCCUGACAUCUAGCUGCAGGGGAGUUGUGUAAACGGGGCACAAUUUUUUUAGUUCAUACCAUCAAAAUGCAUUUUUUCAAAGCAGGACUGAUUUUGAGUCAAAGACAUUUAAGGAAUCCAGGAACAAUAACUUUAAAACAGGUGCUUGUGAACAGCUGUCGGACAUGUUCCACUGGCAUCAUCCCCAACGAGAGUAUCCGAAACAUCGGAAUCUCGGCGCACAUUGACUCAGGAAAGACCACGCUAACGGAGCGCAUCCUUUACUACACAGGCAGGAUAGCCGAAAUGCACGAGGUGAAAGGGAAGGAUGGGGUUGGCGCCGUCAUGGACUCCAUGGAGCUUGAGAGACAGAGGGGCAUCACCAUCCAGUCGGCUGCCACCUACACCAUGUGGAAACAGCACAACAUCAACAUCAUUGACACACCAGGCCAUGUGGACUUCACCAUCGAGGUGGAGCGGUCCCUGCGGGUCCUGGACGGGGCGGUGCUGGUGCUCUGUGCCGUGGGUGGGGUCCAGUGUCAGACCAUGACCGUGAACAGACAAAUGAAGCGCUACAGCGUGCCCUUCCUCACCUUCAUCAACAAGCUGGACCGCCUCGGCGCCAACCCCAACCGCGCCCUGCAGCAGAUGAGAACCAAGCUGAACCACAAUGCAGCCUUUGUACAGAUCCCCAUUGGCCUGGAAGGGAACCUGCGGGGCAUUAUAGACCUCAUUGAAGAACGGAGCAUGUACUUUGAGGGGCCUUAUGGACAAUGCAUCCGGUAUGAUGAGAUCCCGGCGGAGAUGCGGGCAGAGGCGUCAGACCGGAGGCAGGAGCUGGUGGAGUGUGUGGCCAACGCUGACGAGGUGCUGGGGGAGAUGUUCCUGGAAGAGAGAGUCCCCACUGUGGACGACCUGAAGGCGGCUGUUCGGAGGGCUACACUCCAGCGCUCCUUCACCCCGGUGAUGGUGGGCAGUGCCCUGAAGAACAAGGGUGUUCAGCCCUUGCUGGAUGGUGUGCUGGAGUACCUGCCUAACCCUACUGAAGUCAAAAACUACGCCAUCCUCAACGAGGAGGACUCCAGUGAAACCAGUAAGAUCCUGAUGGACCCAACACGCGAUGACUCCCAUCCCUUUGUGGGCCUGGCCUUCAAGCUGGAGGCGGGGCGGUUUGGUCAGCUGACAUACAUACGUGUAUACCAGGGCUGUUUAAAGAAGAGCGAGUACAUAUACAACACCCGCACAGGGAAGAAGGUUCGAGUUCAACGGCUGGUGCGACUCCACUCUGACCAGAUGGAGGAUGUGGAAGUGGUGUAUGCGGGUGACAUCUGCGCCUUGUUUGGCAUCGACUGUGCCAGCGGAGACACCUUCACCGCCCGCACCAGCGCCAACCUCUCCAUGGAGUCUAUCCAUGUGCCAGACCCUGUUAUCUCCAUGUCUAUGAGACCCUCAAACAAGAACGACCUGGAGAAAUUCUCCAAAGGAAUCAACCGCUUCACCAGGGAAGACCCCACCUUCAGGGUCAUCUUUGACACAGAAAGUAAAGAAACCAUCAUCUCAGGGAUGGGAGAGCUGCACCUGGAGAUCUACUCACAGAGACUAGAGAGAGAAUACAACUGUCCCUGCGUGAUGGGGAAGCCCAAGGUGGCCUUCCGUGAGACCGUGACCAACUCCGCACCGUUUGACUUCACCCAUAAGAAGCAGUCAGGGGGAGCUGGCCAGUAUGGGAAAGUAGUAGGGGUCCUGGAGCCAUUAGACCCAGAGGAAAACACCAAGAUUGAAUUUGUGGAUCAGACCAUCGGCACCAACAUCCCCAAGCAGUUUGUGCCAGCCGUUGAAAAGGGCUUUCGGGAGGCCUGCGAGAAAGGACCUCUGUCAGGUCAUAAGAUCUCGGGGGUGCGCUUCGUACUAGAGGAUGGUGCCCAUCACAUGGUGGAUUCUAAUGAGAUCUCCUUCAUCAGAGCCGGAGAGGGUGCUCUGAAGCAGGCCAUGGAGAAUGCUAACGUAACCAUACUGGAGCCGGUCAUGGCAGUGGAGAUCGUGGCGCCCAACGAGUUCCAGGGGCCUGUUAUUGCCGGGAUCAACCGGCGCCACGGCGUCAUCACCGGCCAGGAUGGCUCUGACGGCUACUUCACUCUGUAUGCAGAUAUUCCUCUGAAUGAUAUGUUUGGGUAUGCCACAGAACUAAGGUCCUGCACAGAGGGAAAAGGAGAGUACACGAUGGAAUACAGUAGAUACCAGCCCUGUCUGCCCAGCACUCAGGAGGACCUUAUCAACAAGUACCUGGAAUCCACUGGCCAGCUACCAAAGAAGGGCAAGGCCAAGAACUAAGAACCUCCCUCACCCACAGACACGCACACGCAUAAUUUCGUGUGCACACGCAUAAAAGCCGAAACGCCACAGGCGGCAGCAUGCUAUCUUCAGUUUCCUCCCUUUUUUUGAACAUGGAACUUCCAGAAGGGACGUGUUUGACAUGCUUUGAAACACAAUGAAGAUAUGCAGAGCUACACUCAAAUGAAAACUGUUACCAUUUAUGACAUAUUGUCUCUUUCCCCAAGCAGCAGAACAUUCAUUUAUACAGAUUUUUAUUUAAACUUUGACAUGAUCAUAUUUAUUCCCCCUGCCCCCUGGAAUGUGAAAUUGAGUUCCAGUCCUCUGGAUUAAUUUUGUUCCAGACAUGCAGUCUCAGUAAGGAUUGGACACCCUCCUGAUUUUGGGGUUGUACAGCUGUUGGUUU